AUGGAAACUGAAAUUAAACCACCGCUGAAAAGACCGUUAUCGUUCUCUGACGACAGUUUUGAAUGGGAUAGUGUUCGAGACGAUCGCCCUGAAGGUGCUUGGAAGACCUUGAAAGUUGAUUGUGAUGAAAAUGCUAUGGUGGUUCCAAAUGGUUUACCUGUCGACUGGGCUCCUUAUGGAUGUGAGCGUAGUCGUAAAAGCAAAAAGGCCCGUGUGGAAGCUGGCUUUCUAACAAACAAAAAAUCGAGCACCUUCACAGUUGCUGCAUUAGAGACUUACGCUCGCCUGGUGCCCUUUCCGACAGAUGGUACUUGCACCAGAAUGGGACCUAAUGAGGACUGGCAGUUGGACAGACUGGAUUGCAAAUUGGAAUCCUUAUUAGCCAAGCCUCCAUCGAAUAAGAAGCACGGUAUUUCAUUCCCUCCGUGGAAGGACGCCAAGCGAAGGGAGCGGAAACAUGAGGUGCAAAUUAUUCUGUUCACUCGGAUUACAAACGUCAAGCGUGAGUCGAAGCUAGAAGAUUUGAACAUUGAAGACGGAACGUUCUCAUGGACCACAUUUGCCAAUCUUGUGAAACCUAAAUUCGCCGCAAUGGAACCGAGUUCAAGAUAUGAGGCGGCGAAGAAGUUCUCAGAUAUACUCAAAGGCGAUCUCUCGGCUAUCUCAGGAACACCGAACCAAGAGUGA